CAAACUCCUUUCUUCCACCAUGUCUGAAGAGCCCGACUACUCUUCGCUCCCGUUGGAGGAACGUCUCGUGCACAAAGUAUGGAAAGUGAGACUUGAAGCCUACGAAGAAACCAGAACCCAGAUCGAAUCUUCCCGAAACGAAAAUGACGUCUGUUUCCAAAACUUCAACAGUCACCCAGAGUUGUUUAAACAAAUUGUCACCGACCUGAAUGUAGUGGCCCAGGAAUCAGGCUUAAAGCUUUUGGUUAAUUAUUUACAAUUCGGUGGAACUGCCAGUAUUGCUAACCGUCUCAAGUCUGCCGGGGCGAUCCCAGCUAUUUGCAAAAAAGGUCUUACAUCUUCUAGAAAAAAUACCAAGGACUUUGCUAUUGAAUUGCUUUUGUUGUUUGUCGAACUUUCCAAAGAUGUCAACUCCGUAAUCGAAGAUAUUCUUCCCUUAUUGACUGAUCGCUUACCAAAACUCGUAGCUGGCUCCGUCAACGCAUUGGCUGUCAUAGUUAACAAUUACGGAUGUCAGGUAGUGCUGCCCAAACCAAUAAUUCCCUAUUUGGCCAAACUUUUUGCCCAUGCCGACAAAAAUGUACGUGCUGAAACGACCCAAUUGACAGUUGAACUCUACAAAUGGAUGGGUGAUGCUUUGGUGAAAAUUCUUCUUCAAGAAUUGAAACCUGUGCAACAGAAGGACUUGUCCAAAGCCUUUGAGGCCGUGAAAGAUGCACCUGAACAGAAAAGAUAUACUCGUAGUCAGCAAUUGGAGAUAAAACGACGUGAAGAAGAAGAAGCUGCUGCUGCAGCUGCUACAGUUUCAGCUUCGACUGUAACCAAAGAUGAUAUGGAUAUCGAUAUGGUGGACUCGGAGUCUUCUAUUCGUGCCAAUGCUGUGGCAUUUGAUCCUUUUGAUCUUGCAGAGCCAGUGGAUGUCUUAUCCAAGUUUCCGGUGGAUCUAGACGAGAGAAUUGGCUCGGCCAAAUGGAAAGACCGUAAGGAGGUACUUGACGAAGUGCUCGAGUCGUUAAAUCUGGUAGUAAAAGUAGUUCCCACAGCGGAUUACACCCACUUCUUUAGAAUCAUAGCUAAGUGUAUGAAGGACGCCAAUAUCCAGGUGGUGGAAAAUGCUGCCAAUUCAGCAGAAAUCGUCAUCAAGGGAUUGCAGGGCUCUUUUCCCAAGUACAAGCACAUUCUAUUGAUGCCAAUGGUUGAGAGAACUAAGGAAAAGAAAGCGUCUGUAGCCACAGCUUUGGAAAACGCACUCACGGCCAUCUUCGAUGCCACUAGUCUUAGCGAUAUCUUGGAGGAAUCUAUUGCUGGAAUGAAAUUGAAAGUUCCUCAAAACAAAAUUGCUGCUGCCAGUUUUCUUCAGAAAUGUUUAGUUUCGUCCAAAAUACCGCCAACUUCUGCUGAAGUUGAUAGCAUAAUGGAAAUCGGCGUCAAGCUCUUGGGAGAAUCACAGGAGCCUAUAAGACAAGCUUCGACAGAAAUGAUUGGUACAUUGAUGAAAAUUACAGGUGAGCGAGAAUUGAAAUCCUUUUUGGAAAAAAUAGAUGCGAACAGAAAAUCGAAGAUCCAGGCGUUCUUUGAAAAGGUCGACGUCAAUUCCAAGCUUGGUUCGUCUCUGGGACCAUCACAGCGGUCUGGUUCGUUUCAGCCAGCUGCUUCAGUCACUAGAGCUACCAGACCACCUUCUCAAGUAGGCGAAAAGAAGCUUACAUCCGGAGGAGCCAGAAGGCUAGUACCGACUUCUUCGUCAAUACCAUCCAAGAGAGGAGCUACUUCUCCUGUAAAAAGAUCAGACGAUGUACCAAAAGUGUCAGCUCUUGGCAGAGGAUUAACGGCCAGAUCGUUGGCUUCUUCUCAUGUACCUGCACCAGCACAUCCAGCGCCUACUAGAGCCAGUCACGAUAACUCCUUAUCUGAAGAAGAUAGAGCAGAAUUAAAUGAAUUACGUAAAGAAAAGGAAAAGUGGCUAGAUGACAGAGCUAGAGAAAGCCAGAGGUUACAGCAGGUAGAAACUGAGAAUGCGACUCUUAAGUUAGAGUUGAAUCAAUUGAAGUCUACAGCUGACAACUACGUAAGGGACCAUAACAACAGUUUGCUAAUGAUUCAGCAAAAGGAAACGCAGAUCUCAAGACUUAAUAACGAUUUGGAAGAUGCUAAGCAAAAGAUUCGUUUUCUCGAACAAGAAAUCGAAAUGAUGAAUUUGCAACAAAAACCACCACUGUUUGAGCCGAAGACUGCUGCAUCCGUAGGUACUCCUGAAAAGCAGAGAUCGAGAAUCACAUCUGGUGAACUCAGCUCAGGUGUUAAGCGACUUUCCAUUGGCGGAGACAUCUUCAAGGAGAGCCCGUACAACAAGAGCAGUAGCAUCAGUAAUAGAAUCACCAGCCCGUCAAGAAUGUCUACCAUCACCAAUACAUUCAAAGACUCGUCCACCUCUGUCAGCUCAGAACUCGACACUAGUGAUGAUUGGAAACGUGCUGCUGAAGUGACGUCACAGUUGAAGGCCAGAAUUGAGAAGAUGAAGGCAAGAUCUCGUAUGGGCCAGCCUCUUUAG